UUUAGAGUAGAGGAGACCAGUGCAGCUGUUAGAAGGAAACUGGAUGUUCAGAUCUUCCUUUGUAAAGGCACUGCUAAACAGCCUUCAUACCAGCUGCAUCUCAAAUGGCACGCCUAGGCAACAAACUAUUCUAGCAUUCACUGGGCCCUGGAAUAAGUGUUGAUCUGUGUAAAAGCAUCAUGGGUGUACUUUUCAAGGUCAUCCUGCUUUUCUGGAUAUUGCGAAUGUCUGCAUCAGACCCUGAAGCUGAGGCCCUCCUGAUAAGACCCAAGGGUCUCCUGGGGAAAGAUGACUGCCCAAUCAAUGUCUAUUUCACUGUGGACACUUCAGAAAGCGUGGCGUUGAAAGAGUACCCUUGGGGCAGCCAAGUGGAGGAACUAAAAAUCUUCCUUCGAAUGUUUGUCCAAAAACUCCAGGCCACCAAACUGCAGGCCAAGCAAGUGGAGUGGUCUUACGGAGGCCUUCACUUUUCUGACCAAGUGGAAAUCUUCAGCGAGAUAACCAGUGAUGUUUCCACAUUCCUUGCCAGAGUCAGUGCUAUUAACUAUAUUGGCCGGGGGACGUUUAUUGACUGCGCUUUGAGGAACAUGACCGAGCAAGUCAGGCUCACGCCAUCAGGGAAGCCCCGUCUGCAGUUUGCUGUCAUUCUGACGGACGGUCACAUUACAGGAAGUCCCUGUGGAGGGGUCCAGGUGGCAGCAGAAGCUGCAAGAGCUGCCGGGAUCAAAAUCUUCGUCGUUGCAACACACUUUGAUACCAUGGAGAGUGAAUUGAAACAAAUUGCGAGUUCUCCUGUCGAAUUGUAUCGCAAGGACUACUUAGCAUACCCAAGCGGCCACAGACAAUCUGCAGUCAACAGAAUCACUGACCUAAUGGUUAAAGAAGGAGAACAUGAGUGUGAAGAACAAAGGUGCUUAGAGACUUCAGGAAUACCAGGACCCAAAGGACUUAUGGGUAUAAAGGGGUCAAAAGGAAGUACAGGCCCAGCUGGUGACCUGGGGGCUCCUGGACAAAGGGGAGAUCCUGGAAUUGAAGGUCCAAUUGGUUUUCCUGGCCAAAAGGGGUAUUCUGGUCUUAAAGGAGAAAAAGGUGAUAUUGGUGCGCCAGGUUUAAAGGGUGAACCUGGAACACCUGGGUACAGUGGAAUUGAUGGUAUGAUGGGAAAACCUGGCACUGUUGGCACACCCGGUUGUAAAGGGGAGACUGGCAUGCAGGGAGGAAUGGGUCCCCCUGGUGACUUUGGCAUCAGAGGUGAGGCCGGAGAUCCAGGGGUAAAGGGUUAUGCUGGACAGCCUGGAAGAUCAGGGCCCCAAGGAGCCAUAGGUGACAGUGGUGAAAAGGGUGUGUAUGGCUACAUUGGAAAUCCUGGGCUUCCCGGACAAAAAGGAACAAAGGGGAAAACAGGAACUACAGGAGAUCCAGGUGACCCUGGUACAAGGGGGGAAAUCGGAAUAGUUGGACAACGAGGCAAAACUGGCAGCAAAGGAGAAAAGGGGGACCUCGGACCUGAGGGGGAAAGAGGAUUGCCUGGAAGAACUGGAGAAAAAGGAGUCAUUGGGUCCCCUGGUUUCCAAGGUGUUAGGGGUACUCCUGGAGAGAGUGGCACUACAGGAAAGCGUGGAAAUGCGGGGGAAGCAGGUGAUUUUGGGCCAAGAGGAGAUCUUGGGUCCCCAGGAGCUAAGGGUGACAAAGGCAAAGAUGGAUACAACUAUGCAGGUGCCAGAGGCAUACAGGGAGACAGAGGGGACUCUGGGUCUCGGGGACUGCAGGGGACUCAAGGAUAUUAUGGGGACAAAGGGGCACUGGGAACUAAAGGCAUCAAAGGAGAAAGAGGGGAUCCAGGACCGGAAGGCAUACCAGGUGAGAGGGGACAAAGAGGACAACCUGGAUCACAGGGGUCUCCAGGAACUCGUGGUGCCUCUGGAAUAACUGAUUGUGACAUAAUGGGAUAUGUAAGAGAAACAUGUGGCUGCUGUGAUUGCGAGAAAGUCUGCCAAUCUCUCGACCUUGUGUUUGUGAUUGACAGUUCGGAAAGCAUUGGAAAAACUAACUUCAGCCUUGCUAAGAACUUUGUCAUAAAUGUAGCAAACAGGCUGGGAACAAUGGCGAAAAACAUUUCGGAUGUAUCAGGUUCCCGCCUUGGGGUUGUGCAGUACAGCCAUCAAGGAGCUGUGCAAGCCAUUCGAAUGGAUGACGAAAGCAUUACCUCAGUAACUUCCUUUAAGGCCAAAGUAAAAGCUAUGGAAUGGAUAGCUGGUGGAACAUGGACACCAUCGGCUUUGAAAUUCACAUACGAACAGUUAAUUGUGCCUGGCAGACGGCUAGGCACUAAAGUAGUGGCUCUAGUCAUUACUGACGGGCGGUACGAUCCAAAAGACUUGGACAAUUUGGAGAGCCUGUGUCAGGGAGUUGAAGUGUAUGCCAUCGCCAUUGGGGAUAUGUUUGAUGGCAAAGCCGAGAGAGCGUCCUUGGAGAAGAUAGCUUGUAAUAUCGGUGACAGAGUGAAAACUCUCAGUGUUUAUGCUGAACUGACUGCAGAGGAAUUCCUGGAGGUGAUUGAACAAAUCCUUUGCCCAGAACCCGAGACCAUCUGCCCAAACGUGAAUUGUGCCCCAGAACUAAAGGUUGCCCCGCUUGUACAGCGCCCUGUCGACAUUUUGUUCUUUGUUGAUGGCUCGGAGCGAACCGGAGAAGAAAACUUCAGGACAGUUCUGCGCUUUAUUAACCAGAUAGCCCAAGAAAUCAGACUGGCACAGAAAGACAAUGACUAUAAAGGAGCAAGGAUCGCAGUCCUCCAAUAUGGAAGUGAAGCCGAGCAAGACCUGCUUCUCGAUUUCUCAUACGAUGCAGCCAUCAUUCAUUCUUUUAUCUCAAAGGCUGUGUACCGCGACUCGUCGUCCCAUUUGGGAGGGGCGCUACUAUAUGCUGUCGAUAAUUUAAUAAACAACCGUGCGUCUAGAUUCCGUGGAGUGAGGAAGAACGCAGAAACGUCCUUUGUCUUUUUAACCGACGGAGUUACCAGUGACAAGAACUUCGAUGAUGGAAUCAUGUCUAUGAGAAAGGCAAACGUUGUAAGCACUGCGUUUGCUGUUGGCUCCGAUGUUGAUCAUGACCGGUUGUUGCAGCUGGUUUUUAACGAUAAAGCAUCAGUGUUUCAUUUUAAGAAGUAUAGCGAUCUGAUCUCAACAAGGGUUGUUAGACAUAUUGCACAUUGUUUAGGUUAACUUGCAGGGCCUGAAAUCUGAGAUACUGGGCCUUUUUUAAAGCCAUGUUACACACAUUUUAAUCUUAAAUGUUAGCUCUAACAAUAGUUCAUAACCCUUGUUGGUUAUUUUUUGUUCCCUCUUUGACUCAUGUUUUGUAACUUUUUUUUUUAUUUUUUUAUUUUUUUGCCAAGUCUCUAGAAGUUUACUUCCUGUGUUCCAGGAAAUAGGACCCAACCUGAGCCUUACUUUUGUUUUAUGUCAUUAUACUGCCACAGGGAAUUGGGCCAGGUAGGGUCCUAUUUCCUGUAACACAAGAAAGAUAACCCAAACACUGCAAACUUGUUGUGUCAAGAUAAAUGAGGAUUCACCUGAAUCAAAAUGUAACAACAAAACAAUAAUUGACUUGUGAGUUGUUUUUUUUUUUUAAGUUUGAUUAUUAUCCCUUUAUGUUGAUCUAAGUUACUGGUUUUGUAACUUUUUUCAGAAGUCUCUAAAAAGGUGUUUUGUUUUGUUUUUUUUCUCAGCAAUGUACCAUUUUAUGAAACUGCCUUGCAAGCAUGGAUUGGUUUCCUGGUGUAAACAUUGUUUUCAAAACACAAAGUACUUAAUUUUAAAAGGAUGGAGAAAAUUUUGGUGCUUAUUUGCUUCUUGUUAUCAUCUGUAGUGAAUACAAUGUUUAAUCAUUUGACUGGUUUACUUUUAGAGAAAUAUUUGCAAUAGCAUGUUUUUAUAUAAUUUGCAAUAGGAAUGUUUAGAUAUUUUUUCAGGUAAAUACAAAUUACUUUUAGGCAUUUUGACAACAAAAGUUUUCCAUUUGUGUUUGUUUCUAAUUUAUAUGUUUUAAUAAAAUGGAGGUACCUAUUAAAUCUUCUUUUCUAUGUGUAAGAAUGUGGAAAAACUGAUUGUAAUGUCCUUCUAGUCUGAAGAUCUGCUUCAUGCUAAAAAUAAGAAUGUCAUUUCUUGAAAACUUUUCAAUAUUUUAAGUUCAACACAUAGAAGAAAAAAACAGCUCAUUUGAUUAAUCUGAGUGUGCAAUUAACAUUUAAUUUUCACACCUCUGCAUGGUACGAGUUCGGAAAAUCGAGAGACAAAGAAAACUACAUCAAAGUCAAUUUUUGUUAUUAGCUUUUCCAAGCUGAUUCAGAAAGGUGACAUCCAUAAAAGACUUAAAAUGAACCAUUAACAUAUUGCAUUUUACAAACGACAACGUCCAUGAAAUGUAAUAUAAUUUGGCCCAUGGCCUCGUCCAUUGGAGCUUAAUAGCCGCCCCUAUAUGUUGUCCGAACUAUGAUGUAAUGUAUAUUGAUUGAAUGAUAACUUACGCCAGCAGGCAGGAAAAAUGGCACUCUGGACCACCUUCCCCCAAAAGGUCAAGGCCGCUUGCCCAAUGUUUCCUGACCCUGUUCCUGGCAGCACACCGUGUCUGCUGGUUUUUGCUCCAACAUAGCACUCACUGCUUAAUUGAACCCUUCACUGAACUAGUAAAGUGAUUACGUGGACAUUUUCAAAUUAUUUUCAAGCUCUUCAUUUGUUGAUACGGUUCAUUUAAGCAAUUGAGCGCUGCGUUGGAAUAUGAACCAGCAGGG